AUGGCAUCCAAAAUUAGUUUAAGUGUCGUGCCCAAAAACGAUUCGUAUGAUGAAGAAAAAACAAGAAUCAUGGAGCUUCCAAAAGAAUUGUUGACAGACAUAAUAUGUAGACUUCCAAUUAGUAGUCUUUAUAACAUGAAACCUUUAUUGUUACACAAUAAAGAGUUUCAUAGUAUAAUUUCAGACCCAAAGUUUCCUCAAUUUUAUCAAACGUACGAUAAUAUUCAUCCAUGUAGUUUCAUAGCGUAUACAUCAUCGUUGUAUGAUACAAGGAUGUCCUUAAUUGAGUAUGACUCCAAUCGUAACGACUUCAUCAUAACCCGUCUUAACAUGGAAUUCGUACCUGCAUUUAGUAGAAAGGAUAUGAUGAUGCUGCAAAGAAUUGAAGUUUUGGCUUCGUGCAACGGUUUGUUCCUUGUAAGGUUAUGGCGGUAUGAUGAGCAUUAUUAUUAUAAUGCUCGUGCUGAGACGUUCAUGUUCCUUGUAGAUCCUAUCAAUCGUCGUUACCUCACGAUUCCUCAAAUUAUUGAAUUAUCAACAACAAGGAGUUUAGAAAGGUAUGCAUUUGGUUACGUCCCUAAAAUAGGAAAAUAUAAGGUGGUCAGAUUUUUGGAGAAAAGCUAUGAGAUCCUCACAAUAAACAACAAUAACAAAUUCGAAUGUACAAAUUGGAGAAAAAGAAUCAUUACUCAUGAUCAUCCGUUAUAUCGCGAGUACACUGAGAAUGAUACUAUUCAUAAAUUUAAAAAUCCAGUGGUUUGGGAAGGUUCUUUGUAUUGUCUUGUGGAUCGAGACACUAAAAUUCUAAAGCUAGACAUGGAAAAGGAGGAACUUGAGUUAGUCUUUACGCCAAGUGUCAUGCUCGAAUCGAGUUUUUACGUAGGGUCUUUAGGUGUGUUGGGAGAGUCUCUCUACAUAGCUAUAAACAGGUUUGGCGAUGAAAAUGUGGAAGUUUGGAUGAUGGAAGAGUCUUGGAGAAAGGCGUUUGUAAUAGGUGAAUCUCAAUGUAAUAAGUUUGAUUAUCCAUUUAAGAUUAUUCGAGUAUAUGAUGAUGGAAAGAUUUUGAUCUACUCCUCUAAUUCUAGAAAGUUGUAUCUUCUUGAUCCGAAAGAUGAAAGGAGUGAAGAAAAGUCUAUUGAGAUACAAGGAAUGGGUUUUAUGGAUGAUAUCAAAUUUGUGCCUAGUUUCCUGCCUUUAAAACAUGUAUGA